AUGACUAGAAAGUGCGUCUUGGCCACGUCGCAGCUGAACCAGUGGGUUCUCGACUACGAUGGCAAUCGCGAUCGGAUCAUCGAAGCCAUCAAAACAGCCAAAGCGGCAGGAGCAACUCUCAUUCUAACCCCAGAACUGUGUAUACCAGGCUAUGGCCUGCUUGACCACUGGCUUGAGAAUGACGUCUACGCCAACUCAUGGGACAUUGUUGCCGAAAUCAUAUCACACCCGGACUGCCAAGACAUCAUCAUCGACCUAGGAUUGCCCAUCCAGCACAGAGGAUGCAGCUACAACUCAAGACUCAUCGCCCUCAAUGGCGAGGUGCUUGCAGUGAGACCGAAGCUUGAUCUUUGCAAUGAUGGCAACUUCCGCGAGAUGCGAUACUUUACCCCUUGGCCCAGACAAAGAGUCGAGAACUACACCCUGCCGAAAGUCAUCCAACAGCUUCCCCGAGGCCAGCGUAAGACACGUAUUGGAGAGGUUGCAUUCGAGACGAACGAUGCUUCCUUUGCGUCUGAGACCUGCGAAGAGCUCUGGACGCCAAAUUCACCACACACGCUCUACUCGCUUGCUGGCAUCGAGAUUGUCCUCAACUCUAGCGGCAGUCAUCACGAACUACGCAAGCUUGACACGAGAAUCAACUUGAUCCAGGAGGCGACUGCAAAGACGGGAGGUGUCUACAUGUAUUCCAACCAGCGAGGAUGUGACGGCGACAGGCUCUACUACGACGGCUGCGCACUCAUUCUCAACUCAGGCAGCGUGCUUGCACAAGGUUCGCAGUUCUCGUUACGAGAUGUCGAAGUUCUGACCGCAACUGUCGACUUGGACGAGAUUUGGUCAUAUCGAACUUCCAGGAGUCGAGGCAUGCAAGCGAACGAGCCGGAGGUACAAAAGCUCGAGCGGAUUCAGGUUGAUUUCAAUUUGUGCCCUUCGCCAUCAGUCCUAUCACCAAGAGCACCUCUGACAAUCGCGACGGAGCCAAGAUACCAUUUACCAGAAGAGGAGAUCGCUCUGGGACCAGCUUGUUGGAUGUGGGACUACUUGCGUCGCUCGAAAGCAGCGGGCUUCCUUGUUCCCCUGAGCGGUGGCAUCGAUAGCUGCGCCACAGCCACCAUCGUCUACAGCAUGUGCCGACUGGUUGUUUCCGAGAUACGACAAGGCAACCAAGCCGUCAUUGAAGAUGCAAAGCGGCUGAGCGGCGGAUCCGACCCGACAGGCCUCACAGCAGCACAGUUCUGUAACAAGAUCUUCACCACAGUCUUCAUGGGCAUGGAGCAGCAAUCGUCAAGAGAGACACGUACCCGUGCCAGGGAGCUCGCAGCAGCCAUUGGUGCCCACCACGUCGACACCAACAUCGACCCAAUGGUGCAAUCACUACACUCGGUCGUCGCCGGCAUCCUCGAUUUCGAGCCCAAGUUCAAGGUCCACGGCGGAUCGCAAGCGGAGAAUUUGGCUUUGCAGAACUUUCAGUCUCGUUCUCGUAUGGUCCUCGCGUACGCACUUGGCCAGCUUAUCCCUACCUCUCGUGGCGGUACGGGGGGCCUCCUGGUUCUGGGGUCGGCGAACGUUGAUGAGUGUUUGCGUGGAUACCUCACCAAGUACGACUGUUCGUCGGCGGAUAUCAACCCCAUAGGGGGUAUCUCCAAGACGGAUCUCAAGCGAUUCAUCAAGUGGGCAGAAGAGAACUUCAGUCUUCCCAUCCUCCACGAAUUCCUCGAUGCAGUCCCCACCGCUGAGUUGGAGCCCAUCACAGAGACGUACGUUCAAAGCGACGAGGCAGAUAUGGGCUUCACCUACGACGAACUCUCCAUCCUCGGCCGCCUGCGCAAGACGUUCAAACUCGGCACAGUGGGCAUGUUCGAGCGACUGGUGACCGAGUGGAAUGACAGAGCGCCCCGCGAGGUGUACAAGAAGGUGAGAGACUUCAUGUACUACUACGCGAUCAACCGACACAAGAUGACGACCAUGACGCCGGGAUUGUAUCUGGAAUCGUACACGCCGGAUGACAAUCGGUUUGAUCUGAGGCCGUUUCUGUACCCGCGGUUUACGUUUGAGCAUCGCAAGAUUGAGAAUUUGUUGAGGGUGAUGGAGGAGGGGGAGGUGGGUGUUGUUAAUGGCGUGUGA